AUGUCGUCGGGCGGUAGAGGUAAACUUUCUAGGGCACAGAAAGGGAAAGCCGCGGUGAAUGUGACCGAAUCGAGUCCCGUACGAGUCGUCGAGUCGAAUUCCUCGCCCGAUUUUGAGAAGAUUCAUCGUGAAGCCAUGAUGGAUACGAAGAAUAUGGACACGCCCCAGCGAGUCCUCGUUGCUGAUUCGGCGUGGCAGCUCUGCGAGGAGAGAGAAAAUGUAACAUUAAUUUCGAGAGACGGUCAGGGUGGAGCUGAUGUUGGAGAGACUUCCCUCCCCGAUUUCGUUUCGUGUUGUUACCAUCCGGGGGGAAUCUUCGAGGAUCUUCUGGCUUUGGCAGUUGAGCAGAUGCGUCCUUCUGUCGUAGAGGGACAGUCACGGGAGAAUAUCGAGGAGACUCGUUCGACUCCUAGUAGCGUGAAAGCUUUAUUGAGGGAAUGUGAAGGAACCGGGGUGACCUUUUUGAUCCCAACUAAAUCUCAGAGGCCGUGGUCCCCUCCUUUGGGAUUUCAGUGCGUCUAUGAAUCAUACUUUCAGAAUGAGACCAAACUCUGGUUUCCAAUUCCUCGACUUAUCACAUCUUAUGUGAGACGUCGCGACGCGGCGAUAAGUCAAUUUUUCAAUGGCGCGUUCCGUACCUCGGUGGCAUUGAUGGUGACUGCGGCGGAGAUCGACAUUUCAAUGAGUGUUCGGACCCUCGAGGAGUUGACCUAUACGAAGUCCAUGGGCGAUGGUUUAUUCUCAAUCCAGAUGAGGCCCAACUACAACGUGAUCGUCGAUCAUCCGUGUAGGACGGCGCACUGGCAGCGUUUCUACUUUUAUGUCAAGUCUGACGUUGAUCACCCGGACACGGCCUCUUAUCCGGAAGAUUUCGUCUCUGAUGCUCGUGCAGUCGUUUCGCGCGUCCAAGUGAGCUGGAAGGAUAUCACCAUCGAGAGGAUUCGACGAGUGCUUGACAGAAUCUCGAGGAAGGAUUGGAGGUCUGAUCUACUGCCUUUGAUUACCGGUAACAAGCGGGCUCCUCUUCCUCUUGUGAUUUCCCUCGGACCGUCCGAAGGCCCGGAUAACGUCGACUCCUCGAGGGGGGAUCUCACAUUGAUCUCUGAACAAGAGAUUGCCGAACAGUCGGUGACUGGUGGUAAUAAGAAGAGAUCUGCUCUUGACUCCUCUGCAUCGGCCGCUUCUCAAGCGAGGUCUAAAUCUGAUGGUCCUCCAAAAAAGAAAAAGAAAAAGGAGAGGAGGAAGAAGAAAUCUGUUGAGGAACAGUCGGAGCCUGCUGAAGGCGCCGAGAAUUGUGAGACCGUUAUCGAGAAAGGUUCUUCUCGCGAUGCUGCAGCUCGGGGAGUCGUCGACUCGGACAACUCCCCGUCCAUCUCUCUGAAGAAGAAGAAGACUGCCCGCAGUCAUGAAUCGUCUACUCCGGCUGCGUCUGCUUCUGCUGCGAAGAUUCCUCCAGCUGCACCUCGGACUCUCGUUGAAGGCGGUUCGGCCUCUGAGGAUCGCCGAGUUAAGUUUCAUGACCGCGUGGAGUUCAAGUAUGUCGGCGAGACUCCUCUUUCCUUCGCCCCGACUGACUGUGCUGAGCUUGUUCGACAAAUUAAGGGUGGUCGCAAGGACUUGCCCGCUGUCAAGGACCUUAUUUUCAAGGACGCAUACGUCGACGCGGCGAGGACUAAAAUUCUGAAUGCACGGUUUGCGGAGGAUCGGGCUCAACUGGUUGAGAGGAAGAAGGCUCAGAAGGCUCAUUUCCUGGAGGAAUUCGGGGAGUUAAAGGAUAAAUUUGAGGCUGCGGUUGCAAAGGUACGAGGACUCGAGGAGGAGAAGAAGGCUUGGUUAAGGGAGAAGGCAGCCAUGGAGGAGAAGAUGGUGUCCACCGCGCUGAGACACUUGAAAGAGGUCAACAGAUUGAGGGACUCUCGAGGUUAUGAGGUUACUCACGAGCGGUUUCGUGUGCAAACGACCAUGAUUACUAAGAGCAAUAAGCGUUUCUCCCAAAUUCGAGAUCUCGAGAAGCGUCAUAGUGAGUUCGAACCAGCCAGAUCCUUGCAGAGCCAAGCUUUUGGGACAAAGAAAUGUCUCGAAACGCUUAAGGAGAGCGGGAUCGACAUUCCGCAGGAGACGAUUGACUUGUUCGCCACACAAGAGAAAGAGUACGAGGUUGCGGCUGAACGCCUAGCUGUCGGAGGGAUCCCCGAGGAGCUUCUCUGUCUUUCUCCUCUUCAUCUUCGAUCUCCUUUUCUAAACGAGAAUGUGUGGGCGACGAUCGACCCAUAUGGAUCGAAUGCGGGCCUGAUUGAUGCUGGGACCGCUGAUUUCCUUCAAACUCCCAGUAGUUCUCAAGGAGAUCCUCAGGUCGUCGAGGGGGGCUUCGACCGUGUCGAAGACUAG